CCACCACAGGUUAUGAUUCCGCGGGCUUUUGCUUUAUGCAUACUUGGUUUUAGUAUUUUAACACUCUAAAACCACGCUUUUCUAAGUCUCGUUUGCAUCUUCCUCUUUGCCUAUUAUGUUAAUCGAAAGUAAAUAAUAUUUUCCAUCAUAAAUGUAUAUUCUAAGCUACGACAGUACCUAGUUGAUGACUUGGUGCUAUACAAUAUGGCCGUGAUUCCCAAAAACGAGGCCGAUAAGCAAUCCUAUCUAGUAGUUUGUAUUAUCCUUGGUGACCAAGGACUACCAAGGGCAAUAAAUACUGCGGUAUUUACUUUACCGGUCAAUCGCUUGAAAGCCUCCAUAACCUUCAAAGAAAUCAGCUGUUUGCUGUUUAUGUUUAUAAUUUUCGACUUCUGCCUUUAAUUUAUUAGUUUAGGACAGUUUACCUAGUAGUCUUUUCUCUGGUUAGUUGUACGUUUAUCAUUUUGAUUUUGAAUAUACAAUUUUAUUUAUUUGAAAAAUAAACACAAUGAAUCAUCCAAGGAAUCCUCCUCAAAAAUCCAUAAUGAAAUUCCCUAGGAAGAAACGACGCCCUGAGAACAUAGUAAUUCGCCUUCUAAACAGGCAAACACAUUGUUCUGCUCCUGGCACUCAACUGCACACAAUUCGCCAAUUUUACCAAAACAUCUUUCCCAAUUUCACGAUCAUAAACGUGGACAAGCCGCCGUGUUUCCUAAGGAAAUUCAGCCCUGAUGGCAAGAACGCUAUAGCAUUUUCUUCAGAUCAAAGCUCAUUGGAAGUGUACUGGUAUAAGGGACCAGCAGCUGCAGCGGAUUUAUUACAGAAUAUUGGCAAUGGAAUACAAAAGGAUAAUAAGCUACAGGAGAUGAUCAAGAGGAACAUAUUUAGUAGAUUUUUCAAGUUGAAACACUCUAUAAACAUCACUGCCAGUGAACAAUUGAACAGGGAGUGCAGCCUAUUUAGUGAUGAUGGCCGUUAUGUGAUAGUAGGUUCAGCCUCCUAUAUUCCUGAAGAAAUCAGACCACAUUUUUAUGAAAUUUAUACUAAUAAUGAGUCUGUAACACCUACAAUGAGGUCCCCACUAGAAGACUACACUCUAAAUUUAGUUGAUCUACAUUUAGGCAAACUCUGCGACACUCGCCAGUUUAAAGUAGACAAAAUCUUUUUAUCACACAAUCAAGGCCUUUAUUUAUACAAAGACACUUUGGCAGUGCUGUCAGUGCAACACCAAAUAAUCCACAUAUUCCAAAUACUGGACGGCAUGUUUGUGGAUGUGAGAAAAAUUGGUCGCUUUUGCUAUGAAGAUGAUUCGUAUUUGUUCAAUUUGGUUUAUCCCAGUGAGAGGGCUUUUAAGGAUGUUUGUAUCAAUUCAUUAAAACAUCGAUUGUUAGCAUUUUUAUUUAAAAGGGCCAAAAAUAUCAGUUCACAGACCAGAGAUCCAUCGGAAUUAAGGAAGUUUUUUCAUUAUUUUGAUAACUUCAAUUCGUUGAAAAUGUGGAAGAUGCAACUAUUGGACGAAAACCAUCUGUUGAUUAAAUAUGCCAGUGAGGAGGUAGUCACUUUAAAACAAACUGACUCGAAUAGUAGCGAGCCACAAUUUUUUGUUGUUUACAACAUUAUUGACAGUAGAGUUGUAGCUGUCUAUGAAAACAGUUCAACGGAGCUCGUAAAGCUCUUUGAGGACUUUAGCGACUCUUUCAGGAACGCUUGUUUGCAUAGCGACACACAAUUUACUUGUAAUCCUUCUAAUAAUAUUUAUGCGAAGCUACAUCAUUCAAGGUACAAACACACAAUUAUGAUAGCAAAAUUCGGCGGUAGAGCUGAAGCUAUUCGUAGAAUCUUGGCUCAUUUGCCCAUAAGUGCCCAAUCAUAUACGACAUCGCCCUAUCUCGAUUAUUCUUUGUUUAGUUAUGAUGAUAAGUGGAUUUCGGUUAUGGAGAGGCCUAAACCUUGUGGAGAACAUCCUAUCAGAUUCAAUGCCAGAGAGUCUGGCUAUUUAAAAUUCCGGCUCUACGUCGAUAAUCAUAAACAUUUGGUGACAACAGCGCGGCGAUUGGUCGCGUUUACAUUUCAUCCAACUGAUCCGUUUGCGGUAUCUGUACAGAGAACCAAUUCAGAAUAUAUUGUCAAUUUCCAUGUGAGAUUAGAUAAUCAGAAUCCAGAUUAUAAUCCCAAUGAUGAUGAUCAGAAUAAUUGUUUUUGACAGCUGUGAUUUUGGUAUAUUUUCAUUUCCUUGUUUACCUUUUUGAGGGUUGAGCUAGCCUAUUUUUGUAAGUAUGUAAAAUUAUGUAAAAAAAAUAAUAAAAUCUCUAAUCUUA